AUGACUACCUUCAUGAGAGAUAAGCAUGACAUUUCAUCUUUAAACUGGGUCGGUUCAGCGAUUAUGGGAGAAGUGGUGAUCCAUGGCGUAUACUUGGAGAGAUGGGACAGAAUCGACUACAAGCGUGUCAAAUUUCUACUGGCUGAUCCGCGCUAUCCAAAUCUACCAAGUUUUGCGACAUGUGUUAAAACAUUUGAACAGCCUUCAAAGUGGGGAGAUUUCUUUGGCUCUCGUUUAAGGACAUACUUUGUUCCUCUGCAAACAGGAUACCACUAUUUCUAUCUUUCAUCAAAUGCUGGAAGCGAACUCUACAUCAGCCAAAACGAAAAACCAGAGAUGAAGUCAAAGAUUAGUGCAAUAGAUGGCGGGUUUGCCACUUAUCAGUAUGAGUUCAAUAGGUUUAUCAGUCAAAAAUCUCUCCCAGUUUACCUAGUAAAAGGUAAAUAUUAUUACAUGGAGGCUGUAUUCAAAGAUGAUCAUCAAAACGACCACCUAGAAGUGGCUUUAAAGACACCGGACGGAACCUUUUACAAAGUGAUUCCCUCAACGUUCUUAUGGACUACACUGCCGCCACCGCCUGCCAGAAACUUUACCAAUAUAGCCAUUUUACUCCGAGUGGCCGCGCGAGCUGGUGCAAGAGCUGGUCUUGCAUUCGGAGCGAAUUGGGCGAGAAAGAGCGGAAAAAAAGCAGGCGCUAAGGCUGGUGCCGUUUCUGGGGAGGAAGCAGGAGCAUCAGCGGGAGCCCGCGCAGGUGUAAAAGCAGCGAUAAAGAUGACAGUAGAGACACUAGAAAAAAUAUUUAAUAAACUUCAUGGAAAUGACGGGCAUAAUUUUAAGAUUCUUGUGAAGAAUGCCACUGUGGUUUCUGUGAGUGGUCCCGGGAUAAAAAGUGCAGGAAGAGCUGGCUCUGCUGCAGCAGCUGGAGCUGUUGGUGCUGGAGGAGCCGGAGAAGGUGGAGGAGCUGGAGGAGGUGGAGGAGCUGGGGGAGCUGGAGGAGCUGGAGGAGGUGGAGCAGCUGGGCGAGCUGGAGGAGCUGGAGGAGCUGGAGGAGCUGGAGGAGCUGGAGGAGCUGGAGGAGCUGGAGGAGCUGGAGAAGGUGUAGGCAGUGCCGCAACUACUGGUGGUGGUGGAAAUACAAGAGGCACAAGCGGAGGAGUAAUAUCAGAGAAAGGAGGAGGCGGAGGUAUAGCUGGUACUGCACCAGCUAGUAGUGGUGUUGGUGUAGCAGGAGGAGGGAUGGCAGGUGAAGUCAUGGAAGUUUCUCAGGUUACAUCAGGAGCAAGCUCCACAGGUAGUGGUGUUGCUGCAAGUGUUGGUGAAGUAGAAAUAGACGGCAGGACGUUUUCUCCAGAUAGGCCGUUGGUCGUGAUUCCGAGACCAGGAGAAGAUCCACAGGAACUUGCCAAUUCAAAGACGAUGCUUUGGAAAGCGGGUGGUGCUACAGCAAUUGUGGCAGGUGCAAUGUACACCUUUCAUGCCUGGGACAUACCAUACACACAGGAGGACACCAACUUGAAUUACUGCUGGCGAUCAAUAAAUGGCAACCUUCGCAUGAACCAGUUCUGCCAGGCAUUUACAGCUCGCGUGCCUGCAAUCUAUAGCAAAGCCACCGAAAAAAACUUCAGCGUAUCUUUUGAGUCUGUGUGUCGACCCAAUCAUUUCAUACGACAGAGGAGCUAUCAUUUCCAUCUUGAAAGGAGAGACGGAUCGGAGCUCUUUGACAAAGACAGCUCCUUUUACAUCUUCUCGGUGAUGAAAUAUGAAAGAAACCUUCUUUUCAACGCCAUGCAUAAAGAUUGGUACAUAUGCCAAGAACUAUACAAAGUAGAAGGCCGACAGAUGAUUUUAGACUUUUACAAGGGUGAACCCGAUGUUCUUCAGCGCUGCUCCUUCUCAGUUUACCCUCUCCUGCUAGGCAGCAACAAAUUUAUGAACUGUAAGGACGUUCUUGGACCAGUGAAACAUCGCGAAAUCAAUGGUCAACCACUUCCUCAUCCCCCACAUCUGAUUCCUAUUGCUCCACCGCCGCCAUCUGCCUUGUCUCUAUGUUUGCCAGUUUGCCAGGAACAAAAGUUUCCUUCCUCAGUUGAGGUUUAUAGCGUCCCUGAAAACGCAACUAUGUGUGUUGCAUUGCACUUCAUCAAUGACUUCGGUAGUCCAUUUAAAUUGGACUCUCCUCUUAAACACGACGGAUAUCUUGUCAAUGGGUCAGAGUUUAAACUCAGAUUCAUCGUAGACCACCCCAAGUUGCAUAGCUACGUAAAAUUCAGUGCCCGUGACCCGGCAGGACGUUUUCAAGAAAAAACACCAUCAGCAUCAGUUACAUCUCAGGCACCGCAAGAGGAAUCUUUAGGUCUAUCACCUCAAAGACCAUCAUCACUUCUCCCAUCCCAGCUUGCACCACCCCUUUCACCUUUACCUCCAGCUUAUUCUGCUUCUCAUCCUAUCUCAACAUCGGUAUCAAAUUCUGCCAAUGUUUCUGCUGCCUCAACAGCUUCACCUCCUCCUCUCUACGGUCCAGUAUCGCCAGUGCAGCGAAAAGCGGGUAAGAAUUCUCGAAAUUUUAUUUUGAUUCACCUUGGCCAUUUAGCUUUCCAGGCCCCUCUCACGUCCUUCCACAGUCCAAACGGUAUUUCUCUAACUAGAACGUUCUUCUGUUUUUACAGAUAA